CGGUCGCACGUGUAUUAUUGUUUUUAUUACAUUACUGUGGUGGAGACGUAUUUCUUUUUAUUAAUUUUUUUAAUUACUAGGUUAUUGUUCACUUCUAUUUGAAUAUAAAGAUAUUCCUAGUUCUUUCAGAAAUAAAAAUUUGAUUUUCAGAUAGCCAUGCCCCGUAAAAAGAUGAGAUUAUUUACUAGGCACAAUUCUACAAAAUUUGUUCUUUAUACAGAGGGUAGAAAUGAAGAUGGUGAAAAAAUUAAAGAAAAUGUGCUCAUUCCAGUAUCAAGCAAUCAUGUACCUGGAAGCUCUCUCCUGAUUGCCAGUCUUGCUGGAAUAUGCAAACCAGCAUCUGAAAAUAGUGAUGAAAAAGAUUCUCAUAGUGAUGAUAUUCCAAAAUCCUCUCGUAAGAAAUAUUCUGAAACAUAUGAAGAUGAAGAAGCUGAUUUGGGAAAAAUAUUAGAACAGAUGACAGACUCAGAAGAAGAUACUGAAGAUGAAGAGGAUUUUGAAAAAAUUAGACAAAAAAUGCAAAGCAUGGAUUUUUUUGAUAAUCCAACCAGAUCACAACAUCCACGUUCAAAUGUACAUGUUGAAAUAUUUGAUGAAGAAGGAAGUGACUUUUCUGAUGACUUUGGGCAGUUUUCAGAUGCGGAAUCUGGUGAAGACUCUGGUGACGAACAGCCUAAACGGACUCUUACAUCUUCAAGACCAGAUUGCCCUGAAGCCAUAAAAUUACUAAAUGAAGGUUUUAAAGAGGUACUUGCAAAAGAAUAUGAUGAAAAUCAAAUAGGUGCACUAGAUGAUGAAGAAAUUUGUGGUACUUUCACAGCUGAAAACCAGCAUGUGAUGAACUUUAUCAGCACACCAUUAGAAAAGAAACCAGAUGAAACUGAAAUUGAUGAAUUUGAUGAUAGUCUGAAACAAAAGAUUUUGUUAUAUGCUGAAGUUGAACCACCAGAAAAAAUAGUUAAAAUUGUUGAAAAGAAAAAAGAGGAAUUUGAUUGUGAAUCAAUUCUGAGUACUUAUACCAACAUAUAUAACCGUCCAACGGUAAUAAAAGAAGAAUCCAAGAUUAAGAAAAUAAAAAUUCCUCACAAUCCUCUUAAGAAAAAUUUGACGAAGAGUCAGCUAAAGCAGUUAGAGAGCUCCUCCUCAGAAGAAGAAAACAGUGAUGAUGAAGAUAAUUUUUCAGUUGCUACAAGCUGUAAUAUACGACCAAAAGAUGAAACACCAGAACAGAGAAGAGAAAGGAAAAACUUAUUCAAAGAAGCAAAGAGGGAAAGUAGGAGGUUGAAGAAAGAAAAUAAGCUAGCAUUUAAGAAUGAAAAGAAAAAGCAGAUAGCUCAGGCUAUCAAUAUUCAAAAUACCCGAGGUAUCAAAUUAUUAUAACUUAUUGUCUCAACAGUGUAUAGAGUGUACAAAUAAAACAUUUUUUUUUCUUUGAUAA